AUGGGAGAAAUGAUUAAAUUCGAGUGGCAAGAUUAUGCAGCAGUCGCGUGUCUAGGUGUGAAUCUGCUGCUUUUUUUAUUAUUGGGUUUAAAAUUCAGAACUAAAUUAUCGGUCGCAUUGGUCCUAAUAGGAAUAAUGGUUUUACUGUGGUCAGCAGAAAUCAUUCUGAUGUCUUGUGAAUUCAAACAGCCAUGUUAUAUUUUAAUUGGCUUCAUUAUUCUCGAAGAUAUCUUGACGAUUAUCUUCUGCUCCUUGACUAGAAGAUUCAAGAAAGGAGUAGCGAUUGCACUAUUGUGCAUUACAGUGGCAUGUUUUGCGGUUGCUUUAUAUACGAUUAAUGUAGGACGGCUGGGUCCAAUUUCGACUGUUUUGGCCGGCGGCAUUUUGAACACUGCUGUUGAUUUGGUAAGUUAAAAUUAAUAUCUUAAUUUGUGAGAACGUUUUCCUACUAGAAUGUAACGCAGUGAAUUGAUUUCAAGAGACAGAGAUUAUUGAAAGCAAAGUAGGAAUUUACGAGGUUUUAUGAUGCUGCAAGUCUGCCAGUGGUUGGGAAGUAUAAUGCCACCCAACCACACAUAUCGUCGUAACUUCCAUUUCUUCCUCCAGUAGUAAUUUUUACUAAGAUGGUAGGUUGGACAUGCGGCUACCGACCCUACCCCAUACAAAGUAAAUAUUAGUGCUUCUGAGAUUUCAGGGUUGAGGCCUGUACCACUGUGUUGCACUCGCAUUAAGAUUUUAGAAGUAUGAUAUGCGUGAAAUUAUUACAACUUUUGAACCAUGUUUAAAUCUGGAUCGACUGUUCACUUUAUUCAUUCUUGUGAAACAUGAAAUGCCUUCAACUCAGCAAAUCAACAGACUGACGCAAAAUUAAUUAGAAUUUUAAAAAUGCAUGUUGUCAGAUUUAAUUUUGUCUCUUUUUUUUUAGUUAGCUCUGCUUUUUGCCAGCUU